ACGCGCGCUCCCGCGCCGCGGGGCAUUGUGGGCGCGCAGAGAUGGCGGCGCUGGGCGCGGGCCGGGCGGCGGCGGCGGGGCUCCUGCGCGCCCAGAGCCUCGGGGCAUGGCGGGGGCUGGGCACCUCGGCCGCCCUGCUGCAGCAAGCCCAGGCCAAGUCCCACAGGGCUGAGGGGACAUUCCAGGUGACAAUGCUGCCGGGGGACGGCGUGGGCCCGGAGCUGAUGCACGCUGUCAAGGAGGUCUUCAAGGCUGGCAAUGUCCCCGUGAUCUUCGACGAGCACCACCUGAGCGAGGUGCAGAACACGGCGUCCGAGGAGAAGCUGGACCGGGUGGUGGACUCCAUGAAGGAGAGCAAGGUGGCCCUCAUUGGGAAGAUCCACACGCCCAUGGAGUACAAGGGAGACCUGGCGUCCUAUGACAUGAGGCUCAGGAGGAAGCUGGACCUGUUUGCCAACGUGGUGCACGUGAAGAGCCUCCCGGGCUACCAGACCCGGCACAACAACCUGGACCUGGUGAUCAUCCGGGAGCAGACCGAGGGCGAGUACAGCUCCCUGGAGCACGAGAGUGCCAAGGGGGUGAUCGAGUGCCUGAAGAUCAUCACCAGGGCCAAGUCCCAGCGCAUCGCCAAGUUCGCCUUCGACUACGCCACCAAGAAGGGCCGGGCCAAGGUCACAGCUGUGCACAAGGCCAACAUCAUGAAGCUGGGGGAUGGGCUGUUCCUGCAGUGCUGUAAGGAGGUGGCUGAGCUGUACCCCAAGAUCAAAUUCGACACCAUGAUCAUCGACAACUGCUGCAUGCAGCUGGUGCAGAAUCCCUACCAGUUUGACGUCCUGGUGAUGCCCAACCUCUACGGGAACAUCGUGGACAACCUGGCCGCGGGGCUGGUGGGCGGCGCGGGCGUCGUGCCCGGCGAGAGCUACAGCGCCGAGUACGCCGUGUUCGAGCUGGGAGCCCGGCACCCCUUCGCCCAGGCCGUGGGCAGGAACAUCGCCAACCCCACGGCCAUGCUGCUCUCGGCCUCCAACAUGCUGCGGCACCUCAACCUGGAAUACCACUCCAACAUGGUCUCGGACGCGGUGAAGAAGGUGAUCAAAGGUGGCAAAGUCCGGACCCGGGACCUGGGCGGUUACUCCACCACCUCCGACUUCGUCAAGUCCGUCAUUGACAACCUGCACCCCAACUAUGGGGCUUAGGACCCCCGGCAGCCCCCCGCGCCUCGGCCCCCUCCCCAGCCCCCUCCCAGCCCCCCAGGGAGGCCCGGGACCCCCAGGAACGCUUUACCCCCCCCAUCCCCCAGAGGAGGCGGCCAGUGUGGAUUUUGGGGUGUGC